AGAAUAAUUCAACUUUGAAACAAUAAUUAUUAUCAUAUAUAACAACCCAAACCAGUGAAAGUGCUUUUACCCAAAUCAUAUAUUGCAAUAUAAUAAAAAAUGACCCGUGUUUAUUUAAUAUAAUGCAAUAUAUUAAUAUAAAGCAAGGCCACAUGUCAAAGCUUUAAAAAAAGCAAGGCUAGAUCUAUAUCCUUGAAUUUUGAAAUGAUUUGCUCAUUGAAACAAAUGCUAGUCACAUUAUAAGAAGGACAGAACUCAUUAAAGUGUGCACGUUUGACCUCAACAUUGAAAAGAUGUUAUUAAAGGCCCCUGGUUGUAUAUCUCUACCUGGGAUAUUCUGCAUGAUAAUUUAAAAUAGUAAUUAGAGGAUGGUUUAUUAAAGGCCCCUGGUUGUAUAUCUCUACCUGGGAUAUUCUGCAUGAUAAUUUAAAAUAGUAAUUAGAGGAUUGUUAAACGAAGAGAAACCAACCCUACUUAUACAUUUAUACUGACAAAAAAUUACUGAUGGGUACCCCUCAUUUUGUGAUAAGAACUGUCGGGAACCCUUAAUUUUUAAAAUAUACUCGCAGGAGAGGCCAGUGGGCCGAGUCAAGGCUAAUCAGGCCCAAGAAGAAAGGAUGCCGGCCUGGGAAGAUCGCGGGAGACCACGAGAGCAGCGGAGGAGGAAAGCGCCGGGAUGGCACGGGGAUUAUGUCUUAAAGUAAAUUAAUAUUUUAUGUAAUAGGUUUUUUUAGGUGGACGUACUAUAAGUCCCUUCAAGGGUUUUCUUUUCGGUUCUUUCCCUUGACGCUUUUUUUGAACCGACAGGGUAGAGUAGGAUUAGGGUUUCUCACUACUAUAAUAAAACCCUAAUUAGUCUAUUGGAGUUUGAAGGCACUCGAAGCCCUUCAUUACCGUUCCGUAUCAAGGUGCUCUCGUUGAGAGACAUGACUGACGCAUCGUCCACCACGCACGAACUCGAUGCUAGGGUUCGUGAGAUGGGACACGCCAUGGUGCAGAUGCAGAGAGAUUUGGAGUUCAGGUUUGAGAGACUCGACGGUGCUCUGGCUACGAUCCAAACUGCCGUGNGGCGGGUUCCAGACGCCAAAGCCUAAACUGGAACCACCCAAAAGCGACGGCACAGAACCACUGCGUUGGUUGUAUCAAGUACAGGAGUAUUUCGCCUACUACGAAACACCUCCGGAGGAUCGGUUGCGGUGCGUCACCAUGAUGCUUGAAGGGCCAGCCGCCGAUUGGUUUCGGUGGCGAAGGAAUAACGGACUGCUCAGGGAUUGGGACGACUUUGUAGCAAAAUUCAAGCUCCAGUUCGACCCAGUGCACUAUGUAGAUUAUGUUGGACAAUUAGCCCGAGUGCGACAGGUCACGGGGGUCAUGGAAUACCAGGGGGCAUUCGAGAAGGUACUUACUCAUGUCACUGACGUGCCCGAACCCUACCUUCAAUCGUUGUUCCAUGCGGGCCUGAAGAAUCACCUCCAACACGAAAUUAGCCUAUUAAAGCCCGAGACACUGUCAGAAUCGUUCGCCUUGGCCCGGGAACUGGAGGCCAAGCAUCAGGCCAUCGUGCAAUCGGUGGGGAUGAGGAGCGCAUCAUGGGGCAACAAUUUCACGCGCAACAGUCCUAACCGGGCAGCAACGGAAGCAUCAGUUGGGUCGGUCAGCAAACCAGCCCCGACGGGAAGUGGAAUUAAAAUUCCGUUGGAGGGUCGAGAGUCCUCCACCUCACCACCCGUCAGGCGACUCUCCCGCGCAGAACGAUUAGAGAAGGACGCGAAGGGGCUAUGUUACAAUUGCGACCAAAAGUGGCAUAAGGGGCAUAAAUGUGGGAGAUUUAUCCUAAUCAUGGGGGAAGAUGACGGGGAAGAGGAGGACAGCGAGAAGGAGGAAGAAAUCGAGGUGGCUGCCGAUAUUUCCAGUUUGAAUAGCAUGGCGGGGGUCUCCACUCCGCGGUCACUGCGAUUGACGGGUAAGAUCGGUCAACAUGGGCUAGAUGUAUUAAUUGACGGGGGAAGUACGCAUAACUUCGUACACCCUCGCACUGUGGAGAAACUGGGAAUGAGCCUGGAGACAGUGGCAGCAUUCCGGGUGUACGUAGGGAACGGCGACUCCCUAUGCUGCAACCAACAAUGCCGGAAUGUGGAGCUUGAGCUGCAAGGAACAACAUUUAGGGUAGACCUCUACGUCCUUCAGAUUCACGGACAUGACGUGGUCCUCGGCGUCCAAUGGUUGAGAGGGUUGGGGCGAGUUCUACACGACUACGAGCGAGUAACAAUGGAGUUCGCCUGGGGCGAACAAACGGUGACCUUGCGGGGGGAUGCACUAACCCCUAAACAGACUUCACUCCAUCAUUUACGGGAGCUGCACGCGCGACGCGAGGUGGACGUCGGCAUCGUCAUCAUGGCAGUCCAACCCGAGGAAGCAACAAAAGGGGAAUCUGGCGAGGCACCAGCAAGGCUGCCACAGGAAUUGGCGGAGCUACUGGAUCAAUUUGAGGAUGUAUUCAGGGAGCCACAGGGACUGCCUCCGCACCGGACCUCAGACCAUCGUAUAUUCUUACAACCCGGCGUGGCUCCGGUGAAUGUACGGGCCUAUCGGUACCCGCACUUCCAGAAAGAAGAGAUUGAACGGCAAAUAGCCGCACCACUAACAGAUCUACUAAAAAAGGAUGCUUUCGUGUGGACAGAAAGGGCCAAUGCCGCCUUCGAGCGACUGAAAACAGCGAUGUCGACAGCCCCAGUUUUGAGGCUGCCGGAUUUCACGGAGAAAUUUGUGGUUGAGACAGAUGCGUCCGGGACCGGGGCGGAUAGCGGCGUCAACAUACCACAAGAAGUUGUACGCAAUUGUGGAGGCGGUUCAGCGGUGGCGGCAAUAUUUACUGGGGAGGGAGUUCUUGAUUCGCACGGACCACCAAAGUCUGCGGGAGUUGCUACAGCAGCCAACCGGGUGGCCGACGCCCUUUCACGGCGAGACGAGGCGGACCGCGAUGGACAGCAGCUCAUGGCCAUCUCCUCGCCUGUGCCGAAUCUAAUGGAGGAGAUACGACGGGAAAAUACCACUCAACCGGAUCUCAUCGCACGCCAUCAGGAGCAUGACGAGGCACGAUUGGCCGAACCCUAUUCGGUCGUAGGUGGGGUGCUCUAUUACAAACGGCGGGUAUGCAUCGGCUCCUCAUCCACCUUGCGCCCACAGCUCAUUCGGGAACACCAUGACACUCCACUGGCGGGACAUCCAGGAAUUCACAGAACUUUCUUGCGGCUUGCCCAAAAUUUUUAUUGGCCACAAAUGAGAUCCGACGUCAAAGCCUAUGUUCAACAAUGCCAUACCUGCCAGACUACAAAAUAUGCCACACAUCCACCAGCAGGGUUGCUACAGCCGUUGCCAGUGCCAACUCAAGUGACCCCGUUCGAAGCUUUGUAUGGACGGCCACCGCCGUCGUUCUUACCUUAUCGCCGGGGAGAAAGCAAGGUGCCCGAAGUUGAUAAAUUUUGCAGGAACGAGACUCCCUACUGAGACGGUUACGGGAGAAUUUAAAGGAGGCGCAACGAAGAAUGGUUACAAUGGCCAAUAAACACCGGACAGAUUUGCAGUUCAAGGAAGGUGACUGGGCACUCCUAAAGCUGCAACCCUAUCGGCAACACUCCGUAGUCCGGCGGAGCUCGCAGAAAUUGGCACGGAGAUAUUAUGGACCUUACCGGGUCGUAGCACGGGUUGGGGAGGCUGCCUACCGUCUGGAGCUACCGGCAGGUUCGCGAAUUCACCCCGUAUUUCACGUAUCCUUGUUACGACCGUAUUAUGGAACAACCCCGGAGCAAGACCAAAUCGCGCUGCCAACGGAAUUGGUGCAUGGCUAGCCCCUAUCUGAACCCGUGAGGAUCCACGCUGAACGGCAGGUGCUAGUCCGGGGAAAGCCGGUGAAACAAUGUCUUGUGGAAUGGUCGGAUGGGGACAGAGAUGAUGCCACCUGGGAACCCUAUGACCGACUUCGUCAACGGUUUCCUAUGCUACACCUUGAGGACAAGGUGUCUUCGCAAGCGAAGGGGAAUGUUACGCAUGGUUUGCAUGGGUCACGAGAGAAGGAUGUGGGUGAGCAGGAGAGGCCAGUGGGCCGAGUCAAGGCUAAUCAGGCCCAAGAAGAAAGGAUGCCGGCCUGGGAAGAUCGCGGGAGACCACGAGAGCAGCGGAGGAGGAAAGCGCCGGGAUGGCACGGGGAUUAUGUCUUAAAGUAAAUUAAUAUUUUAUGUAAUAGGUUUUUUUAGGUGGACGUACUAUAAGUCCCUUCAAGGGUUUUCUUUUCGGUUCUUUCCCUUGACGCUUUUUUUGAACCGACAGGGUAGAGUAGGAUUAGGGUUUCUCACUACUAUAAAUAAGGGAUGUAUCUUCCUUGUUUCAUCAUCAGAAUAAUAAAACCCUAAUUAGUCUAUUGGAGUUUGAAGGCACUCGAAGCCCUUCAUUACCGUUCCGUAUCAAGGUGCUCUCGUUGAGAGACAUGACUGACGCAUCGUCCACCACGCACGAACUCGAUGCUAGGGUUCGUGAGAUGGGACACGCCAUGGUGCAGAUGCAGAGAGAUUUGGAGUUCAGGUUUGAGAGACUCGACGGUGCUCUGGCUACGAUCCAAACUGCCGUGNGGCGGGUUCCAGACGCCAAAGCCUAAACUGGAACCACCCAAAAGCGACGGCACAGAACCACUGCGUUGGUUGUAUCAAGUACAGGAGUAUUUCGCCUACUACGAAACACCUCCGGAGGAUCGGUUGCGGUGCGUCACCAUGAUGCUUGAAGGGCCAGCCGCCGAUUGGUUUCGGUGGCGAAGGAAUAACGGACUGCUCAGGGA